AUGGCUUCAACUGCCCCAUCUCCGAAAUCUUCGCCUCCUGCGGAUUCACCAACUUCCCUUGUUACCUCGCCACCACCACCUUCUUCCCCUUCUCCAUCAAAUUCUUCAACUCCACCUCCUCAGUCUCCUCCACCCCCAGUCUCUACCGCUUCUCCUCCGUCGACACCAGCUUUACCCCCACCAGCAUCGUCACCUCCUCCAAUCUCACCACCACCUACACCACCUUCCCCACCUGCUACCUCACCACCAACGCCUCCUUCAUCGCCACCUACAGUAUCACCCCCGCCAUCUGCCCCUCCUCCAGCCGUGACUUCGCCCUCCCCUCCGGAUUUGUCCCCACCACCUCCAUCAGGAAGUUCUUCUCCUCCUCAGGCGUCCUCUACACCUCCAGCGCCACCACCUCCCCUUCGAGCCAUCUCACCUUCUUCAUCUCCACCUCCUCCAGCCAAUGUCCCAACGCCGCCUUCUUCCAAUUCUCGACCUCCACCAGUAGCAAAGUCACCAACAAGCACUCCUCCACCAACUAUGCUUACACCUCCUCCAUCUGAAUCUGCCCCGAAUACCACAUUGGUAUCACCUCCUCCUUCAGUCCCCUCACUCUACUCACCUCCUCCGAUUUUCUCUCCUCCUCCACCAAGUAAUUCCUCUUCCGGAAAUCUCAAUACAACAUCUACAAAAACAGGUGGGUUAAGCACGGGAGGGUUUGUGGCAAUUGGUAUCGUGUUUGGGAUCCUAGUGAUUAGUCUUGCUGUGAUGGCUAUGUGGUUCUUACAUAAACGCAAGAAAAGGAUAAAUAGAAAAAAUGUAUGCUACUCCAUGCCUUCUCCAUUUGCCUCCUCACAGAAUUCAGAUUCAUUCUUUCUAAAGCCCUAUUCUCCAGCUCCCCUAGUAGAAAAUGACUCUGGCAGCAAUUUUUUGAAUACAUCAUCAGAUCCCGGCGGUGUAAGCAAUUCAAGGUCAUGGUUCACUUAUGAAGAAUUAGUCCGGGCCACAAAUGGGUUCUCAGCACAAAAUAUUUUGGGUGAAGGUGGAUUUGGUUGUGUUUACAAAGGUGUCCUGGCAGAUGGGAAAGACGUAGCUGUUAAACAGUUAAAAAUUGGUGGUGGACAGGGUGAGCGUGAAUUUAGAGCAGAAGUCGAGAUAAUUAGCAGAAUACACCAUCGUUAUUUGGUUUCCCUGGUGGGUUACUGUAUAUCUGAGCAUCAAAGAUUACUUGUCUACGAAUAUGUCCCAAACAAUACUCUUCAUUAUCACCUCCAUGGUGAGGGCGGGCCCAUUAUGGAUUGGGCAAUCCGAAUGAAGGUUGCUGCUGGUGCAGCCCGUGGACUAGCUUACCUACAUGAAGACUGCCAUCCCCGCAUCAUUCACAGGGAUAUUAAAUCCUCAAACAUCCUUCUUGACAACAACUUUGAAGCUCGGGUUGCAGAUUUUGGACUUGCAAAGUUGGCAUUGGAUUCAAAUACCCACGUAACCACACGUGUGAUGGGAACUUUUGGUUACAUGGCUCCAGAAUACGCAACAAGUGGCAAAUUGACUGAAAAGUCUGAUGUUUAUUCCUUUGGGGUUGUGCUUUUGGAGCUGGUUACAGGCCGCAAGCCUGUGGAUGCCUCUCAGCCAUUGGGUGAUGAGAGCCUGGUUGAAUGGGCUCGACCAUUGCUUUCUCAAGCACUUCAAGAUGAAGACUUUGAAGGGUUGGUGGAUCCAAGGCUAGAAAAGAACUAUGUUGGAAAGGAAAUGUUUCGGAUGGUUGAGGCAGCUGCAGCUUGUGUGCGUCAUUCAGCUGUGAGAAGGCCAAGAAUGAGUCUGGUGGUGAGAGCUUUAGAGUCUUUGGAUGAACUUCCAGAUCUCACCAAUGGAAUGAAACCUGGCCAAAGUAAACAAUUUGAUCCAGCGCAACAAUCUGCACUAAUCAGGAUGUUUCAGAGGAUGGCAUUCGGUAGUCAAGAACACAGUUCUGAGUUCUUUGAUCGAACAGAGAGUAGCUGGAGGAGUGUCUCGCAUGGUUACCGGAGAAACACAUCAUCUGCAAAUUCAUCUUAG